AUGGAGCUUUCUAAAUAGAACAAUGAAAUUGAUAAAAACUUGUAAGGACAUACUGUUUUGUUUUAAUGUUUAUUUUAUAUUAAUUAUUUCAAGAGCAUUAGACCAUAAAAUUAGAUGCUGGAAAUAAAUGGAUUAAGCUGUAUGGAUUAGUUCAUAACCUUAUUAUUAACAUACAAAUAAUGUAAGAUGUAUUAUAUUAAGUUCAAAUAAGAUAUACUAUUUCUGGAAAUGAUGAUAAAUCAAUUAAAGUAUGGUAGGUUGGUUUUAAUAAAAAUAUAUCGGCAUACAAGCAUUCAUUGGAUUAAUAUGAUAUUUAUGUUAUGCCUUUAAGUUUAAAUUAAUCUGAAACAUAAUUAGUAUCAUGUGCAUAUAAUAAGUAUGAAAUCAUAAUUUUGGAGAGAAGAGAAUGGGAUAAAUUUGAAUUCAAAAAUUUUGUUAGAAUGGAUGAAAUUUAUUACACAAAUAAAGGUAUUUUUAUAUAUUAAUUCUAUUAUAAGUUAUCAGUCACUUCAUCUAUACACAGUCAAUUUAAGAAGAAGGACUUAAGAUUAAUAUUAAAGAGAAUUAAUUUAAUUGGAUAGCUAGUAUGAAAAAAUUGAUAAACUCUAUGUAUUUGAAUUUAAAGAAGGAAAAAGAUAUAUAAUGA